GGCCACCAGGGCACGUGUCCCCAGGAGAGCGUGUACUGCGAGAACAAGUGCGGGGCGCGCAUGAUGCGGCGCCUGCUGUCCCAGCACGCGUUGGCCGAGUGUCCCAAGCGCACCCAGCCCUGCGCAUACUGCGCCAAGGAGUUUGUCUUCGACACCAUCCAGAACCACCAGUACCAGUGUCCCCGGUACCCCGUGCCAUGUCCCAACCAGUGCGGGACGGCCAGCAUCGCGCGGGAGGACGUCCCCACGCACCUGAAGGAGAGCUGCAGCACGGCCAUGCUGCUCUGUCCGUUCAAGGACGCCGGCUGCAAGCACCGCUGUCCCAAGCUGGCCAUGGGUCGUCACCUGGAGGAGAGCACCAAGGCGCACCUGGGGAUGGUGUGCGCCCUGGUGAGCCGGCAGCGGCAGGAGAUCCUGGAGCUGCGGCGGGACGUGGAGGAGCUGUCGGUGAGCAGCGAGGGGACCCUCAUCUGGAAGAUCGCCGACUACGCCCGCAAGCUGCAGGAGGCCAAAGCCCGCAGCAACUGCGAGUUCUUCAGCCCCCCUUUCUACACCCACAAAUACGGCUACAAGCUCCAGGUCUCAGCGUUCCUCAACGGCAACGGGAGCGGGGAAAUCUCCGUCUACAUCCGCGUCCUCCCCGGCGAGUACGACAACCUCCUGGAGUGGCCCUUCUCCUACCGCGUCACCUUCUCCUUGCUGGACCAGAGCGACCCUUCGCUCUCCAAACCCCAGCACAUCACCGAGACCUUCCAUCCCGAUCCCAACUGGAAAAAUUUCCAGAAGCCGGGAGCUUCGCGCAGCUCCCUGGACGAGAGCACCCUGGGCUUCGGGUACCCCAAGUUCAUCUCCCAUGAGGACAUCAAGAAGCGCAACUACGUGCGGGACAACGCCAUCUUCAUCAAAGCGUCUGUCGAGAUCCCCCAGAAGAUCCUGGCCUGA